UUGACGGUUGGUUGUUACCAGCGCGCUGGCAGGUAAUCACGCAUGCGCAGUCUUUGCUCCUACGAAUCCUGGGAUGGUAAUUACAUUUCCACGGGCAGAGCGCGAACACACCACCGGUUCUAGCUGCAGAUCCCGGACCCAAUUAUACGUGUGUUUGUUUUGUUCUGUUAGCUAAAAUGGGGCGUUUAAUACAGAUAUAAGGAUUUUCAAAUCGGAACAGCCUCUGUGCACCGGAGAACCCUUCCCUUCCCUUAACCUGCCGUUGGCUUGAGCCGAAAGCCCGCCGCGGAGCGGCGGUCACGCAGGCCGCGAUUCGGGUCCCGUUGCUGGGAGGGGACCACCCGGACUCGCCUCCCUCGCUAGCAUUAUUAGCUGGCUAUGAUGCGUCGCUGCUGCUGGUGUAUUUUCUACCCAGCAGGCCACCGCAGAGCUGUAAGGACCCUCGGAUAAGGAGCUAAAAGGUGCCCCGGGAGACACACCACACCUUUUCAAGGAUGGAGGUUGACUUGUGUGCCGGUGGGGCCAGUACCAGGAGAAAAGUAGACUUGGCCGCGGCUGCAGAAGGGCCGAUGGACGUCGUACCGCUGGAGAUGUACGACUCUGCCCGAGCAAAAAUAGCUGCCAACCUGCGGUGGCUGUUUGCCAAAGCCUAUGGCAUUGACCAUAUUCCAGAGGACUUGCGGGACCCCUUCUACACAGACCAGUACGACCAGGAACACAUUAAGCCGCCUGUCAUCCACCUGCUGCUGUCCUGCGAGCUCUACUGCCGGGUCUGCGCCCUCAUCCUGAAGACGGAGCAGGCGGCGUCUCUUCAGUCCCACCUCUCGGUCAUCCAGUCGCUCUCCAGAAAGGGCAUAUAUGUUGUGGAAAGUGACGACACACCGGUCACAGACGAGGACCUGGCCUGCGCGCCCAUCAAAAUGAGCGCUCACAUGCCAAUGAUCGAUGCCCUCAUGAUGGCCUACACGGUGGAGAUGAUCAGCAUCGAGAAAGUGGUGGCUUCUGUCAAGCGCUUCUCCACCUUCAGUGCGUCCAAGGAGCUGCCCUUUGACCUGGAGGACGCUAUGGUCUUCUGGAUCAACAAGGUGAACACGAAGAUGAGGGAGCUUACGGAAAGGGAGCACAAAGUAAAGCACCACCCCCUGGAAUCCCCCAGCCACCAAAAGUCUCCCUCCAAAUGGUAUUGGAAGCUAGUCCCUCCCGAUGUUGUGCACGAGCUGGCCCACUGCAUGCUGGAGCCAGGGGAGCUCUUAGAAGCGGUACGGUAUCGCCGGGAGCACACUUCGGGCCGUCAGCUGCCCUUCUUCCCUCUGCUGGAAAACCUGAUGAGAGAUGUUUGUGACGGAGCCGCGCUGCUCACUGUGGUCAACUACUAUUGCCCAGACCUCAUGAAGCUAGAGGAUAUUUGCCUGAAGGAAGUCCCCUCCAUUGCAGAUAGCUUGUACAACAUUCAUCUACUCAAAGAGUUUGCCAACGUGUAUCUGAAUAAAAGUUUCUAUCUGACCAUAGAGGACAUGCUCUACUCGCCGCUUGUGCUCAAGCACAAUGUGAUGGUGUUCAUCGCUGAGCUCUUCUGGUGGUUUGAGACCGUCAAGCCGGAGUUUGUCCAGCCCAGAGAUCUCCAAGAGUUCAAAGAUGCUCGAACCGUUGCUCAGCCCAAGAGUGCCCGCCCAUCAGUGCCUAUCUCCAACGCCACCAAGCGCAGCUUCCUGUCCAGCCCCGGUUCGGCCGAUAACCUGAGCAGCCCCGAAGUCUGCAACAGGUACUUCCUGCACCCCGAAGACUCUGACCCCCUUAAAGGCGGCCCAACCUUCAGUCCCUCCCACCCGCUCCUGCCCCUCAGACAGAGGCAACAAAAGCAGCAGGGAGAAGAUGGUGCAGGUCUCAGAAACCGCUCCAACUCCCUGACUCAGAUGGACGGCCCGCCCCGAGCUUCUGUGGUUGCGUGGCCCGACAAGAGGCAGAGACCAGUGUCCACGCUGAACCCCUACAUGUUCCAUUCGGUCGCAGACAGCGAUGCAGACGUGGCCUCUGGGGACAGUGUGAGUCUUGCUCGCUCCAUAAGUAAGGACAGCCUGGCGUCCAACGUCGUCACGCCCAAACACCAGACGUCUGUCCACCAGUCUGCGCAGGCGGCCACGCGCAGGCUCAACGGCCACACCCUCCUGGGGAACGUCCACAUGGAGGAUGGGGAAGAGACUCUGGCUGCAGUCGCGAGGGCCGAUUCUCCCGGCACCCCCAAACGGGUCGACGGGACGCGAGCAACUGCCACGGCGGGACCCAAACCAUCCACGGAGUCCAAGCCGGCACCCGAUAGCUUUUACCUAGAACCGCUGAUGCCUUCUGUGAUCAAAACGGCGAAAGAGAAGUCUGUAUGUCUAAACAAGCAGGAGGAGAGUGGUGAGGGGCCCCACGUUUCGGGAAGGGGCUCCCUACGCCGAGGAGACGGGUCUACGUCGGCCGUUCGUAGGAAAGCCCCCUGCGGCUUGAACCAAACCUUCCCCCCUCCCGGUGAGCUGUUUGACUCGUCGGGGGAGCCUCCAAACGAUCAGGGGGAUUUCUGCCCCCUCGUUUCCAGCAGUGUGGUCCCCUCGUCCAGAGAACCACCUGAGGGCUUCUACCUUCGCUUGGAUUCUGAAGAACCAAAGCCUGCCCAGUGCCUGGACGCUGAGCUGGAAGACCUGGACGAGGAGGAGGAGGAUCUGGAUGAAGCUCUCACCACUAAAGACCCCAACUGGUCCAGGAAAGCUCCUAAUGAUGAAGAAGAAGAAUCGGCCAAACUCCAAGAGGACAUGAAUGUGAAAGAGCACGAGGACAAAGACCUGAACGGUGGCAGCGGUCGCUCCAGCCCGUGUCUCAGCGGUCACUCCCAGGCCAGCGGCAGCGUGCGCAUGACCUCCUUCGCCGAGCGCAAGGCCCAGCAACAGCGCUUCGGCAGCAACCAUGACCUGCGCUCCAGUGCCUCCAGCUCCCAGCGGACGACUCCGGAUGGAUCGGAGAGCAGCGGGCCCCUGGCUUCCUCCUGGAGGCUCAAACGGGACCAGAGCCCCUCGUCCCCCUCGGGUGGGUGCAUCCGCGAUGGCGGCGGCGGCGGCGGUUCCAACGUACUGGCUUCUGAAAUCGUCCAGCUCCGCAUGCAGCUGGAGGAGAAGCGCCGUGCCAUCGAGCACCAGAAGAAGAAAAUGGAGGUGCUGUCGGCGCGGCAGCGGCAGAAGCUGGGGAAGGCGGCGUUCCUGCACAUCGUGAAGAAGGGCGGCGGCGGCAAAAGCGACACGUUGCCCAACCCGCUCCGAGCGGACGUCUCCAGGGGGGAGCUCGGUGCCGAGAGAGCACCCACAAGUAAAGACGACACGUGCGUCGGCGCCCUCAGGGGGGAUAAAGCUGCGACGGGAGCCGCCUCGCCAGCUGCCUUAGACACAGAAAAGAAGGAGCCCAGCGGGAGCUUCCACGUGGAAGAAGAGUUGGACCUGAACGAGUGCAGCCGCUCCAUCGAUCUGCUGAACGACGCCAUCGGCAGCAUCCAGCAGCAGAUGAUGCAGCUGUCCAUGCAGCAGGACAUGCUGAUGAAACAGAAUGUACAGUCCCCGUCCGGCCCGGCCCCGUCCGGCCCGCCUGCGGCUCCGCCGGUCACCGCCGACAAAAACGGCGAGCCGAAGGGAAAGGCCGGCUUUCACUUCGUGGAGCACAUCUCCGGCGGCGGGAGCGUCACGCCCACCAGGAAGCCCCCCAGGCUGAGCUCAGGCCGGGGACCCCGAUCCAAACCGUCGGAGCUGAAGAUCGCCAAGGAGCAGGGCCGCCAGGCCUCCCGGGCCCUCACCCCGACCAAGAGCGGUGCGGAGACAUUGUCACACCUAAAGCAGUCGGCCGGGGGCAGGUCCCCCAGGGCCGAGCAGCCCGGCAGCCCCAGGAACCCCCCCGCAGGAGACGCCGUCGACCGGCCGGGCGCCGGCCACGCCCGGAGCGCCAACUUCCGCCUUCACGACGAGGCAAACAUUCGCCUGCCGACCCGCGUGGACCCGAAGGCCGCCGUUUCCCCGGACGCGUUCUUUGACGAGUGCCUGUCCAGCUCCCCGAGAGGGUCCGACCUCAACUCCUCAGACGCCUCAGGGAAGGAGAACGUCCCCUCAGACGAGCUGCAGCGCAGCAGAGCCACGCUGAUCGAGGUCGACCUGUCCGUGCUGAAAGCGCCCGAGGACGGGGAAGAUGGCGAGGACUCGGCGGACGGUGAUGGAGAGCAGAAGUCAGUCAUGGGCUUCUUCUUCAAGGAUGAACAGAAGGCGGAGGAUGAGCUCGCUAAGAAGAGGGCGGCGUUCUUGCUGAAGCAGCAGAAGAAAGCGGAGGAGGCUCGACUCCGAAAGCAACAACUAGAAUCCGAAUCGGAGCAGAAGCGGGACGAAGUCAGACGGAAGGCCGAGGAGGACCGGCUGCGUAAAGAAGAUGAGAAGACGCGGCGGGAGCUGAUAAAGCAGGACUAUCUGCGGAGGAAGCAGCAGGAGAUGUUGGAGGAACAAGGCCUCGUGAAGCCCAAAACCCCCAAACCCAAGCAGAAGCACCGGCCCAAGUCCGUCUUCAGAGAGGAGUCUUUGGGCGACAAUUUCUCCAAGUCCUCUCCUCCCACACCCGACAACCUGAGCAACGCCCAGUCGGGCUCCAACCUGUCGCUGGCCUCCGCCGCGACCAACGAGGCCGACAGCGUCAACUCCGGAGGGGGCGGCUCUCAGCGCUGCGACUCGGUGGAGUCGUUCCCCGGCAGUCGUAACAACAGUCGAACCGCAGAAAGGGACUGGGACAACGGCUCCACCGCGUCCUCCAUCACCUCCAUGGCCGAAUACACCGGUCCCAAACUUUUUAAAGAGCCCAGCGCCAAGUCGAAUAAGCCGAUCAUCCACAAUGCGAUCUCCCACUGCUGCUUGGCGGGCAAAGUCAACGAGCCUCAGAAGAACCAGAUCCUAGAGGAGUUGGAGAAGUGCGAGUCCAACCACCUGAUGAUCCUGUUUCGCGACGGCGGCUGCCAGUUCCGGGCGCUCUACUCGUACUUCCCCGACACGGAGGAGAUCCACAAGCUGACGGGCACGGGACCCAGGAGCAUCAGCAAGAAGAUGAUCGACAAGCUGUACAAGUACAGCUCCGACCGGAAGCAGUUCACCGUCAUCCCCGCCAAAACCGUGUCCGUCAGCGUGGACGCCGUGACCAUCCACAACCACCUGUGGCAGGCCAAGAGAGGUGGCGUGCCAAAGAAAAGCGGAAAAUAGCCGACAGCCGGAUUUCAGACCCUCCUCUUCUGCCCCCAUCUCGCUUACUUCCCGAUUAGACCGCAUUGAGGCCCGCAGCCGAGCUCGCCGCCACGCUGGGGCGAGGCCGCAAUUGUAGAGUUGCGGCCCCCAGUAGGUAAAGAGGGAAACGGCAUGUGCGUGCGUGUGUGUGUGUGUGUGCGUGCGUGUGUGUGUGUGUGUGUGUCACGGGUGGUCUGAGGGACUGGUGCCGGCUGGAUUUGCCUCUUCUCCCAGUGAGUCUCCCAGUCUGUUUUUAUACGACGACCACCAACAACUCCACCAUGUGGCAACAUCUCCUCUGCCCCGCCCACCCCCCCCCCCUCUCCGUUUCUCAUGCGCGGUGGUGUACAUUUGGUGUUUUUUUUUCACAUGAAGUAUUUAUUAGUUCAGCACUGUCAUGGUCGAGAGCUGCAGCACUUAAAGUCCUUUUCAGACGCCGUUCCUUUAGGACUCAUUGGGACAAAAGGAAGGGGCAUCGGGGUAAUUCUGUCUCGAACCCUUUAGGACUGCCAGUCGGCUCAACAACCAUCUCUUCCUGCGUGGACGGUGGAAGCUGUCGAAUCAGGCUGGCAUUGCCGAAUUUGCCUCACCAGGGAUCUCCCAAAAAAACCAACCUGACGACAACCUGCUGCUCUGAACCGUCUUCUUUGGUCAGCGGGGAGCUGCUCAGGUCUCCCCCAGACAUCCAUUGGCCUUUCACGCAUCGUGGCACUGUCGUCUGUCCCUUCAACCGCUUUUUAAUACUAGACGCUGAUGGUGUAGCGCUCGGUGUGCGUAUAGCAACUAAGGAAAGGUCAACUACGGUCAUUACUAAAUACUAAAAAAAGGCCAAAGGAUAGAUUUUGGUACAGAAAUGAUGCUGUUUUUUCUGCCUUUUUUAAAUUCCUGUUGUAAUUAAAGCGUCUGAGCUGAUGUGUUUUCAUCACAACGGAUAUUCUCUGAUGUUUAGAGCUUAGUUGUGUUUCCUCGCUCCACUCGAGUUGUGCCGUAUGAAGGUUCACGCUCAUGAACACUUGUCGACGGCAUCUUUCAUGCAAUGUAACCACCAUGCCCCCCCCCCACCCCCCUGGUGUCGCUGUGCAGCCGCUCUGAUUGGCUGUGAUGUGUGUGUGUGUGUGGGCGGGACAGGGAACCAACAUUAAAGAACAUUCCUCCAAGGCGUUGAUGACUUCUGCCAUGUUCUCUUCUCUGUCUUUGAAAAAAGGAAAAUCUUAAGUGCUUUGUUUAGAAACCGUUUGUUGGCCUGGAGAACGACCAGUGUUGCACGAGCACUUUACUUUCUGUUUGUAGGGGAUUUCACCCUCUUAAUGGCGUAACAACUAAGAACUAAUCGAUAACACUGCUGUUGAUAUUGUUUAAAGUCAAACACUAAGACGUUUAAAGGGUCUCCGUUGAUAUACUACUGUCUCCAAAAACACCAGAAUACUUGAUUUGUCCUUUGCUGCAUAUUGAUUUGUUUUUGGGUGGACGGAUCCUUAAUUGUAUGCUUAAGUGUAUUUUUAUGUUCACUUAAAGAUUGUACUGGCAUUUGGUCACCAGUUUUGUUACACUAGUGUACUUUUCAUCCUUGUUGAUUUUAACUUUGACCCCAUGCCAUCUAUUUAUUUUACAAAUGGAAGCACUGCAACAAAAUACAUUUUCAAGUGAAUAAAAGUCACAUUUUUCAUUUUUA